AUGAAUGAUUUUGAUAUUCAAAUAUGGGAUUGUGGUCCAUAUGCAUUUUAAUAAUAAAAAUUAAACAUGCAAAACUUGACAUAGAGUCCUUUAAAACAUCUAAUUAUAGAAGGGGAUAAUAGUCCUGUGAAUUUUAUAGAUGACUUUGAAUUAUCGAGCCAAUCUUCCUAAACAAAUACAUUUAUCUAAUCAGCAAGGAAGAGUUCUGAUGGGGACAAUACAGCAAGAAGAAAAAAGUUUCGGUCUUAAGACUUCACUGAAUAAUUAUAUAUGUGGAAUGGCUACUUAGUGAAAAAAUUUGAACCGAAAUAGUUUUGA